UCCUCAACACAGUUUGAUAGAAAGUCACUGUCCGUCGUGUGAACAGCCAUGAAGGACGGUGUCGAAGCUGGAGAAAAGACGGAGGUUUCUCGCCAGAAUGUUUUUGAGCAUUAUCAGAGGUAUUUUCAUUUGUGUACAAAAGUUGGACCGUGCCGCGACGAGCAGGUACUUGAGAAGGCGGCUCAGUAUCUCCAGAGAGAACCAGAACCGAGAGAGUCUUUCACCCUCUUCCCUUUCUAUCAGUCUGUGAGUGAGGGAUGUGCAGCCCACAGUGAAGAAUACAGAACAUUUCUCUCUACUUACAUUAAAGCUACUGAACUUCUGGAAACUCUCUGUGUUAAUCUGCUCCUCCAGCCCUGGAAGAAGGAAAUCAAGACACUGAAGACUUUUACAGGUCCAUUUGUUUACUGUCUCCUGCCAGUUUUCAGCAGCUCUACCCUUCAGUCAGUCCUGGCCUCUAUUGGAUACCUGCCCCAUACUGACACUCCACUAAGUGAGUACAGACUCAGUGAAGAUGGUAAUCAAGACAGAGCCAUGCUGGUGGGCUUUGAGCUGAUGUUGGCCAGGGUCGAAUGUGAUCGUCUACUGGAGCUCCAUGACGCAGUUCAGACGGGACAACUGGAGUGGCAGGAGGUUCUCCACAGAAGACUGGGGCCGACUAAACCCGAGGAAACAACAGACAAGAAGGCAACAUGUCCAGCAGGGCAAAAUGAAGAGGAGAAGAAGAGGGAGGAGGAACAAGGAGAAGAGGUGCCGCUGCAUUUGGACAGCAGGAUUGCAGUGAAACCACAGCCCAAGCCUCGGCGUUGCCAUAUCAACAGUCAUGACCAAUCCAUUAUGGAGAUGCAGAUGAACUACCCUGACCUUGCCUUUAGGGGCCGCCCUCUGCUUUCAGACAAACCUCACCGAGCAAACAGCAGCAGGAGCAGCAGUAAAGUUGUACAUACUGUCAGCAGUAAUAACACCCCUGAUGACGGUAAAGCUGCCAAUCUCUCCAAAAGAGAUUCUGUGAAGGGCACCAAAAGUGCUGCGACAACUAUCCGCAAAGAAACUCAUGGCACAGGUGCUGAUGAUGUGUUUGUGGAAAAUGUCAAACGCAGUGAUUGCAAUAACCGGUCCCAGAGUCAGACUGCCGCCCCUGGAGACGACAUCACUAGCAGCUCCUGUAACACUGACGGAGGCAGCAGGGCUGGAGCCACAGCAGAGCAGAGUCUUAAGCCUGGGGAGCCUCAGGCCGCAGAAGACGCCCUUCCCUUGACACAACAGACUCCAACAGACAGCCAAAACCAAAAGCUACCCUCAUUGAGGUCCAAGGACAGGAAGCAGAAUGUUAGAGAGCUUGAUGUGAAGAUGGGCCAGCUCAUUGUGCAGGAGACCAAAGAAGAAGGAAGGCAAAAAGAAGAUGACAUGAAAGGAGAGGAGAAAAAGAACAGAGAGAGAGGGAGACAUGAGAGAACACCAAGCACAGAGGAAAAGGCAGAGGAGCGGAACCUUACAAAUCCACUGCCGGAGACAGGUCCAGCACCGAGCCAUGCUGCCAGAAGAUGCACCACAUCUUCAGAGUCUGGUCCUGCAGUAACGAAAGCGCAGAAGCAGCCCUCUGUGCUGACCAACAGUACAACAGACUCGCAGAGCGUUCAAGGAGGAAGCGAAGGGCAGCAGAGAAACGAUACCAAAGGAGCAGAAACAGGCCAAAGAGAGGAAGAGCAGCUGGCACAGAGCUAUGUUAUAGUUGAGAAUAGCAAGAAAUAA